ACGGCAGAAGCGCCAAGGUCUACUCAAGUGCCCUCCCAGAUCCUUCCGUCCCCCUCCACCCUUCCCCUCCUUUAGCAAGAUGGCGGCGAGCGCACUUCCGGUGUGUGUCCUUAACGGUGCGUCCGGGUGGCUGCUGCAGGUGUCACUUAGUGGGUUCCAGCCUUGUUGCUGCGAGGGACUACGCGGGUGAUGGCGGGCAAGCGGCUUGGCUGGGGCCGGGCGGCUCUGCUCCAGCUCCUUCUUGGCAUGAACUUGAUGGUGACGCCACCGACACAGGCCCGGAGCCUGCGCUUCGUUACCUUGCUCUACCGACAUGGAGACCGGUCUCCAGUGAAGACAUAUCCCAAGGACCCCUAUCAGGAGGACGAAUGGCCCCAGGGCUUUGGUCAGCUAACCAAGGAGGGGAUGCACCAGCACUGGGAGCUGGGUCAAGCUCUGAGGCAACGUUACCACGGCUUUCUCAACUCCUCUUACCACCGACAAGAGGUGUAUGUGCGGAGCACAGACUUUGACCGGACGCUCAUGAGCGCCGAGGCCAACCUGGCUGGACUCUUCCCUCCCAGCGGAAUGCAGCGCUUCAACCCAAACAUCUCUUGGCAGCCCAUCCCCGUCCACACUGUGCCCAUCACGGAGGACAGGCUGCUGAAGUUCCCACUGGGCCCGUGCCCGCGUUAUGAACAGCUGCAGAAUGAGACCCGGCAGACGCCAGAGUAUCAGAAUGAGAGUAUUCGGAACGCACACUUUCUGGAGAUGGUGACCAACGAGACAGGCCUUCCAGACCUGACGCUGGAGACUGUCUGGAAUGUCUAUGACACGCUCUUCUGUGAGCAAACACAUGGGCUGGUCCUGCCACCCUGGGCCUCACCCCAGACCAUGCAGCGUCUGAGCCAGCUAAAGGACUUCAGCUUCCGCUUCCUCUUCGGGAUCUACGAGCAGGCAGAGAAGGCCCGACUUCAGGGCGGAGUCCUGCUGGCUCAGAUACGGAAGAACCUGACCCUGAUGGCCACCUCUGCCCAACUCCCCAAGCUGCUGGUUUACUCUGCGCACGACACCACCCUGGUCGCUCUGCAAAUGGCGCUGAAUAUUUACAACGGCAAACAAGCCCCCUAUGCGUCCUGCCAGAUGUUUGAACUCUACCAGGAGGACACCGGGAAUUUCUCCGUGGAAAUGUACUUUCGGAAUGAGAGUGACAAGGCCCCCUGGCCACUCACCCUGCCGGGCUGCCCUCACCGCUGCCCACUGCAGGACUUCCUCCGCCUGACAGAGCCCCUUGUGCCCAAGGAUUGGCAGCACGAGUGCCAGCUGGCCACUGGCCCUGCAGACACAGAGGUGAUCGUGGCCUUGGCCGUCUGUGGUUCCAUCCUCUUCCUGCUCAUAGUGCUGCUCCUCACCGUCCUCUUCCGGAUGCAGGCCCAGCCUCCUGGCUACCGCCACGUCGCAGAUGGGGAGGACCAUGCCUGACAGCCACUCAGCCCCCUUCCCUCUGCCUCCUAGGGGAGGUGGGCUGGGCCCUUGCUUCUGACUGUUGCUGCUCCCCAGCCUGGGACAGGAGCCCCUGGGUUGGGGCUUCCUUUGAUGACGUACAUGAACACGUGGGGCUCAGCGUGGCCUCCGGCACCUGCCCACUCGGCGCUCUCGUGCCUGACGUUUACCAAGCCCUGUGCUGGCCCCUGGUUUUCCCUAAACAGGAUCUGCCUCCACCAUGCUCCUAUGGACUAGAAAUGUAGACAAGGAUUCAGGUUUCACUGUAGACCUGCGCUGAAAAAGGCUGGAGGCGUCGGGGCUUGGUCCGCCAUGCCCCCACCAAACCCUGCUCCUGCUCUUCCAGCCUGGAGUCUUGGCAAAUGGCUCAGAGGACAGCCUUGCCGCUCAGUGCUUAUUUCAGCAGGAAAAGCUGCACAACAUUGGGGGUACAAGCGUUGGCCACCAAGAGACCAAUCACCCAGCAGCUAGCUGGACAAGUGUUUCUGUGUGGCAGAGGCCACCACUCAUCAGACCUGAGGCUCUGGCGUCAGUCAGCCCCACAGCUGGAGCAGCUGGGAUGGGGGCUUGUACUGGGGGGGCGUGGGGAGGGGCCAGUGAUUGUGGUCUGGAGUCAAGAAACUGCUAUCCCCCAGCUGGGCUGGGGUCUCCAGGAAGCUAGACCACUCUGACCAUGGACUAGGAACGGGCUGAGGCAGCUUCUAGAGAAUGAAAGUUUGGGACUCUUA